AUGCCACAUAACGAUGCCCUUGUCAUUAGCAUUCAAAUUGCCCAAGCCAUGGCCGACCGAAUCCACAUAGACGAGGGCAGCACAACCAAUAUCCUGCAACUGGCGGUCAUCCAGCAGACGGGCUUGGAGACAGAGAUCAACAAAUCAGCUAGAUCGCUGACUGGCUUGAAUGGUGCAACAACAGUUACCGUUGGCACGACAUACCUCGACGUCUACUCCCCACCUAUAAUCAGCUCGCAAACAUUCAUGGUCAUUAAUGAGGUUUCACCCUACAAUGGCAUUCUGGGCAGACCAUGGAUCGGCAAGAUCAACGCCUUCACCUCCACCACACAUCAGAAAAUUCGGUACCCAAUUCCUGGGGGAUGUGUCGGCCAAAUCAACAGCGAUCAGGCAAUGGCAAGGAAAUGA